AUGUUAACAGAAGAUAAAUUAAAUAAAUGGAGAUUACUUUUAAUAACUAGCUGCUUAAUUGGUAUAAUUGCACCAACAUUAAUAAUAACUGCAUUUGCAUUAUUUGACCCUUCAAUUAUUAUUGUUAAAAUUUCGAUUUUACAAAAUUAUAAUUUAAAUGUUAGAAGAUGGGAAACAAUUUAUAAAAAAGAUUUUUCAAAAUAUAAAUUUUAUUUAUAUAUGAAUGAAACUAUUGGAUUAGAGAAUAGUUAUAGUGAUGAAUCAUUAUCUUCAUCAUCAUUGAUUUCUAGUAUUAUUAGUGAUGGAAUGUUUGAAAAUAUUGGUAGUAAAGAUAUUAGCAGCAGCAGCAUUAGUAGUAGUAGUAAUAGUGAGUAUAUGGAUAGAUUUCAAGAUGAAAAUAGUGGUGAUACAAAUAAAUUGAAUAUACAAUUUCAACAAAGUAAUAUAGCUGAUCAUGUUUCAUAUCCAACAACAGAGAUGAUACAGUUAUAUACACCAUUAGUAUUUAUAGCGAAUACAAGUUCAUUCUUACCAGAAAAGUAUGCAUUGAAUACAGUAAACUUUGAACCUUAUAAUGUAACACUUCAUCUAUUCGUUAGGAAACCAUCAUCAACUCAUUUAACUUAUGUUUCAAAAUUAUCAUUCUCACUAUUCAAUAAGAUUACCAAUGGUGUUCAAAAUAAUCUUCAACAUUCAAAACCACCAAAUAUUAACAAUAAUACCUCUUUAACUAAUUCUGACUCUAAUAAUAAACCACAUCAAAAUCAUUCACAUUCAAAAUCAACUUCUACUACAUCUAAUAAUAAUUAUAAUCAUAAUAAUAAUGAAGAAAAUAAUGUAUAUCAACAAUUUGAAAAUGCUUGCUUUGUCUUUAAAGAUUCUAUUGUUAUUGAAGAACCAUGUACAUAUAAAUCAAAAACUUUUAAUUAUUCAGAUAUCAAGGAUUUUAAUAAAACAACAGCAUUCAAUACAACAUUUAUAAUGAUAAAAUCCUAUAGGGAUCCAUAUAUAUUAGCGGGAACAUUAACAGAGGGGAGUUAUUCAUUUGCAAUGGAUAAAGGUACUCAAGGAAGAUUAGGUUUAGCAUUUUUAAUUGCUGGUUGCAUUGCUUUCCUCUUAUUUUUGAUUGUAGUUUGGAUCGUUGUAAAAAUGAAAAGAUAUCAAUCAUCUUUAGAUAAAAUAGAUGAUUUAAAUACAAAUAGUCCAUUGGAAAUGGAGGAAUAUAAUAAUAAUCAUGUUCAUUUUCAAAAUAACAAUAAUACCAAUACUAAUACUAAUACUAAUACUAAUAUUAAUAAUAUUGGUAAUAAUAGUAAUGUUAAUAUUAAUAAUAGUAAUAACAAUAAUAUUAGUAAUAAUGGAAGUGUAAAUAGAUUUAAUAGACCAAAUAAUUUUAAUGAAUUUAAUAAUGAAAAUAAUCAAGAUUUUCCAAAUUUUUAUGAUGAUUCUAAUAAUCAUAAUCGGAAUAAUGAUGAUCUUGAUAUACAACAUCACCAUCACCAUCAUCAUAAUCAAAUAUCACCAAAUUUAUCACAUCAAAACUUUGGUGAACCCCCACAACUAUCACAACAACAACAACAACAACAACAACAACAACAACAAUACCACCAUCAUCAUAAUCACCAUCAUCAAAAUAAUAUUAGCAACAACUUAAAUAGUUCACAACAAAAUAUAAGGCAACAUAUUGAAAACUUUGAAGAUGACCAAGAUUUAAUCAGUGCAGAAGAUGUACAAAGAUUCCAUAGUUUUAGAAGGUCCGAUAAUUUUAAUAACAACAAUAAUAGUUUUAGUGAUUUUGAUAAUCAUUCCUCAAUAUCCCAUAGUAGAUCAACUAAUCAACCAAUAAUAAGAAAUAAUAAUCAACAAAGAUAUUCUCAUAGCAAUAGCAGUAGUGAUCUUAAAAGUUCUUUUAGUGUUUAA